AUGGAGCUAUCAAACAAACUCCGUUGGGACCAGUUCUUGAUUUUGGCAGCAGCACUUAUGUCACCUGCAUUAACGGUGCUGUGUAAUGAUAUCCUCAGCCUGAAGGUGGCAGGAGAUCCAGUGCUAACCCCCAACUCCGUGUGCCUGAGGCUGGCAGGCCUCAGUAAGCGUCAGAUGCGGAUGUGUGUGCGGAGUCCCGACGUGACAGCCUCCGCGCUGCAGGGCAUCCAGGUGGCCAUCCACGAGUGUCAGCACCAGUUCAGGGACCAGCGGUGGAACUGCUCCUCGUUGGAGGGCCUCGGCCAGGUGCCCCAGCACAACACCAUCCUCAACAGAGGCUACCGCGAGAGUGCCUUCUCCCUGGCCUUACUGGCAGCGGGUGUGGCUCACUCUGUGGCCACGGCCUGCAGCAUGGGCAAGCUGCGGGGGUGCGGCUGCGAGGCCAAGCGUCGCCAGGACGAUGACAAGAUCCGACUGAAACUCACACAGCUGCAGCUGCAGACCCUGCAGAAAGGCGGGGUAGGCAUCGGCAUGACACGGUCAUUACCCCUGGAGUUAAACGGUCGCCAUGGUGAGCUGCCCGCUAACCUGCGCUCCACCCACCCCUCCGCCCUGCUCAAGCCUGUACCAGAUGAGCUGAGCUCCAUGCAGGAGACCUGGGAGUGGGGGGGCUGCAGCCAUGACGUCCGCUUUGGGGAACGGUUCUCCAGAGACUGGCUGGACUCCAGCGGGUCUCCAAGAGAUAUCCACGCUCGCAUGAGGAUACAUAACAACCGGGUGGGAAGACAGGCACUGAAUGACAACAUGAAGAGGAAGUGCAAAUGUCAUGGCACAUCCGGGAGCUGUCAGUUUAAGACCUGCUGGCACGUGUCUCCAGAGUUCCGGCUUGUGGGUUCUCUACUCAAGGAAAAGUUCCGGUCAGCCAUUUUCGUCAACUCACAGAACAAGAACAAUGGGGUUUUCAACACUCGAACGGGAAACGGCGCCGGCAGGAGCACGGGGGGACUCAGUGGAGGCCGCCGCCGCAGCAUGUCCAGAGAGCUGGUGUACUUUGAGAAGUCUCCUGACUUCUGUGAGCGUGACGCAUCUGUGGACUCCCCAGGCACACAAGGACGCAUCUGCAACAAGACCAGCUACAACACAGACAGCUGCAGCUCACUGUGCUGUGGCCGCGGACACAACAUCCUGAAACAGACACGCAGCGAACGCUGCAACUGCAGAUUUCACUGGUGCUGCUACGUGUUGUGCGACGAGUGUCGCCUCACAGAGUGGGUCAACGUGUGCAAGUAGAGUCAAGUUCACUCUGCAGU